AUGUCAUGUCGUUCCUGCGAAAUGCGCAAACGCACUACUCCACAAUUAGAGCCAUUUCAAAUCCCGAACACCAAGCAAAUCCUCGGAGUCUUCGCAAAGCUGGUCGGCGCAGCUAGACCCAUCUCCAGGGAGAUCCAUCUUAUCGUAUUCGGAUUUGAAAAACUAAAUUGCCUGCUUCGAAGUUCGACAAGAUUCUCGUUAAGUCGAUUGAAAUUCCACAUGAUAUUCUAG